ACACUUUAAAAUGUCUAUCUGCCGAAUGGAAGACGCAGUGAAAUAUGCAUCGAGCAGUGGCGAUGAUAUGCGCAGCGCACGUGCAGACUGGAUACUCAAAUAUUUUUUUUGAAUUGAUAAAAAACUUCAUGGACCACAGUCCUUCGCGGUGAGACGAUGGUCCGGCACAUGCGCACCUUAGCUUAGUAGUUGUUGUCAGUGGUGGUUAUGGAGAUGAAAUGGGACUUGGGCAAGCUGUCAACAUCUUUGUAAUGUUCAUGCAGCAGGAUGCCCCGGAAGAUAGGAUUCACCCUGGUCAGUUCCUCUGGUCACGAAGAUAACUUCAGUGCCAAGGAGCUGAUGGUCCAUGCACCAACGGUCAAUGGCUGGAGAUCUGCCAGGUUCUGUCCAUACCCUCAGCAGGUCACUUUGCAGUUGCCAGAGCGGAGUCGGGUCCGUAAGCUGCAGCUGCUUGCCCACCAGUACCUGAUCUCAGGCAAAAUAGAGUUCCACAUCGGGGACCGAUUACUAGAAGCUGACUCACCUGGUCUCUCUGGGCACCUCCGCAGGCUAGGGUAUGUUUCUUUAUCAGACAAUGAGAAAACAGGCUUCAAAGCCCGGGAGCUGAAGUCUGUUCACGUGGAUGCCAUUGGAACAUACCUCCGUAUAACCUUUCACAGAAACCAUGUCAACCGCUACAACCUUUACAACCAGGUUGCAUUGGUUGCCAUUAAUAUUUUGGGAGAUUCUGUGGAUGGCACUGCUGUUGACACAAUUCCUAGCAGAGAGCAACUGAUUGAGCACUACCUCAACAUUAGUCAACACGAGACCGCCUUGGAUGGAACAUACAUGGGUAAGUGUGAGUCCAUCUCUCCUCUGGAUGACCUGGCUUUUGACAUGUACCAGGACCCCGAGGUAGCCCACAUCAUCCGCCUGCUGGAUGACAAGAAGCAGGAGAUGGUCCGUCAGGAGAGAUACGAGUUCGCCAAAACACUCAAGCAGGCUAUCGCUGACCUGCAGAAGGUAGGAGAACGUCUGGGCCGAUAUGAUGUGGAGAAAUGCUGUGCCAUAGAAAAGGAGGACUAUGACACAGCCAAGAAGAAGAAGGAGCAAAUGGAGGAGUACAGGAUGACGGUGUACCAUCAACUAGAAGUCCACAACCUACUUGACAUGGGCAUGAUAAAGGAGAUGACGGAGUCACCAUCUGAGGACUCUCCCGAUGUGCCUUCCCCACGCCGCCACCAAGUAGGACACAAGAUAAGGGUGGUCACGGAAACGAGGAGGAGGAGAAACCAGGAACCUGUGAUCACAGAGACUGUGGAACCUUUCCCCCCCAAACCUGUCAGUCCCCCCCAAACCCUGCUGCGCUCCCUCCCUCCGACACCACGCUCCUACCCUGCAGUGCCCAGGAUAGAUGUCACUGCCCUGCCUUAUGAUGAGAGACCCCUACCUGCCCUGCAGAGAAAGGGGGAGAUGCCCCAGAGCCACCCUGAGGAGUCCGGUCUCCCCCCCUCUCCCCUGGCCACCAUCAUCCCCUGUAGCCCUGGUGUGACUGGGGAGCCUGAGCCCCUGACAGAGAGUGCCCAGAGAGAGGCCAGUUUCCCUAUCGAGGUGUACGGAGACAGAUUGGUGGCUGGAGCUUAUUCAAAAACGUGGUCCUACCGGGAAGAUGCCCUGCUGGCUGUAUACAAGAAGCUGACGGAAGUAUCGGCCGGGACGCCCAAGGAGAAACUGAGAAACAUGAUGAGGGCAGCAGUGUUUCUGGUCAAGAAGGCCCUCAAGGAUAAAGUAUCAUCUGUGUUCCAGGCAUCUCUGAAGCUGCUGCGGCUGCUGCUGACCCAGCUGAUCCCAGGCCAGGCCCUGGGCAGAGCCGAGGUGGUCCACUGCGUGGAGCAGACCUGGCCCAACCUACUCUCCAGGACCGGGGACUCGGCCACCAGACUUCGGGCCAUGGCCACAGCUUUCAUCCAGGAUAUGGCCCUGUUUAAAGAGGUGCAGGCCCUGCAGUUGGUCCCUGGGGAGCUGGUGAAGCCCAUUAAAUCCAACAUCCCCACACGGCAGGCCCUGAGCAGGGCUGAACUACUGGAGAAGCUGCUGGGAGAACUGGGUACAGACAACUCAGGCUUCACUCUGGACAACGUCAUGAAGUUCUGUACAGGUGUGCUGCAGCACAGUGCGUCAGAGGUGAGAGAGACGGUCAUGCUCAUCAUCCUGGCUAUGUACCGCCUGCACAAGACCGCCAUCCUCAGCUACCUCCCGGCCAACGAUGCCGCCACUCGCAAGAACGUCCUCUAUAAAAACAUAUUUGACGGCUUCGCCAGGAUUGAUGGGCGGCCGGUGGAGUCACAGUUUCAGACGUCAAAGAAGGGAGGAGUACAGCAGGAGGGGGAGAAGGAGAAAGAGGAGAUCCGUAGUCUUCGGGAGCAGCUGGCUGCCUUGAAUGAGAUCAGUAAGGCCAAUUCCAAAGUGGAAAACGAGAAGGGAAAUACCAAAGAACAGAAGAAAGAGGCUGUUAAGGUUGUAAAAACAGGUGUCAAAACUGCACCCCAAAGCAACCCGGAAGAUGCAGGAAAUAACCAGUCUUCAGUUGUCAACAACUUGGACAACCUCUGUAUAUUCUGCAGUGAAAAAGAUGAGUCCUUCACUGAGGAUGGAUUGGACCUGCACUAUUGGAAGCACUGUCCUAUGUUGCAUUGCUGUGACCAAUGUAGACAGGUGGUUGAGAUAGCCAGCCUCACAGAGCACCUGUUGGGGGAGUGUGAGAACAGGGCCAGGUUCAGUCAGUGCCCUCGCUGCUCAGAGGCCGUGUCCAUUGACGAGCUCACCCACCACACCCAGAGCCCUGCCUGCAACCUUGCUGGCUCAGUCAAAGGCUCCAACCACUGUCCUUUGUGUCACAACAACUUCAUGUCUGGAGAAGAGGCCUGGAAGGCACACCUCAUGGGCCGAGAGGGCUGUAAACAGAACUCCCGGAGGACUGCGUUAUUGCAGAGAGCCCAGCUGGCACAAGGGAAGCCUGGCAGUGUGGCUAAGAUUAAACCGGUGUGGUCAGUGGGAAGUAGGGGCAGGGCAAUGGGCAAAGGGAGCAGGAUUCCAGCCUUGGCACCCAGAGCCAGCCGAACCCACACCAGCCACCUCACCCCAGUCAAACGGUGAACCCACACCCAACCGUCCCUGCCCCAGUCUUCUCACACAAGAGCACCCUAGAUUGUCCAAAUGCUUGGAAUGAGGAAGAACCAUGGUACCGUCCCAACAGUAUAAAAUACAUUCCUUUACAAUCACUGAUCUAAAAUGACAUGAUAGGUUUCAAUCAUAUGGCUUUAUCCCAACCUAUGUAGUCGCCUUACACCAAUGGGAGAGGAAAUGAGGGAAGAACAUUUGUCAGUUUUGGGCUACAGUUUCAUGUUGACACCCUGACUAGGGAGGACUGGAUUAAUCUCCCUUGCAACUGAGUCUGUCAGAACAGGGACCAAAAUCUGGCUAAAAUCAAAAGGGAGGGAUACUGAACGAUAUUGCAAUUUAUUAUAUAUUAGUAUACUACAUACUAAGGUAUUAUAAUAUAGUAAUAAUACUAUUCUAAGCUGUUUAUUGAUUACUCCAAAUCCAAUAACAGCCUGAGUGUAGCUACAACCAGCUUUAUGCAGGGCAUCUGUUUACAUUUCUCUUUACAUCUCUUUAUGUCUCUCUGUGUGGCUUGUAAUCUAAUCAAAUAUGUUUUACAUUGAUACAGUAGUUGUGUAAAUGUCUUUGUUUCUUACUGUAAUUAAUUUCCCUACUUAGUUAUUAUAUAGCACCUUUUGCUUGUCAAUGGAAUUUAUCAUGCUUUUUUACAUUGUCACACUUUAUUGUUUCAAUCUGUUUUUUUAUAUAUAUAUAUUUUGAGUGUUUAGACAAUCAGCACUAAGCACAGAUAUUUGGCCUAGCCAAAAAGCCAAUUUAAGGUAAAAUAGGAAUUAUUAAUUGCUAAUUGAAAUAGAAAAUAAAUGAGAACAAACAUUCUCUUUUUUUCUUUAGGACUAAUGUACGUUAGUGGUAAUUUUCCCAAACAUCUAAGAUUUGAGAAUGGUCCCACUUGAUGAAACCUCUUAGGCACUUAGUUCACUGUAAUACUUUCUAGAUAUGGUAAGAUGCACCCUUUUUAUAGGGUUGCAUUUUUCCCCAUAUGUUACUUAACAUGCUGUUGCAUUUCGUAUAGGUAGCCUAAAUCAGAGGGAUUUUAUACCAAAUGUGUGAAUCUUGACCUAAAUCUACAAGUCAUAAUUAUCUCCAAGGUACACCCUACAUCAGUACAAUGUGGACUGGAACUAAUAUAAAGGGUUCACUUAGCAGACGCAGACAAUACUAUUUUACUGCUUCAUAUGUUAUAUGGUGUGUUUCAUUGGUAACUCAAGCAGAUAACAAUCUUGAUCAAAUUAUAGGACAAUUUGACAUUUUCUUACAUCCCAAUCUUUUUGUCUCUUUCAGCUUUUUAAUAUUUAGGAAAUGACAGGUGUAUAUUACAGGAGGCUGGUGGCACCUUAAUUGGAAGGACAGGCUCGUGGUAAUGGAUGGAGCGGAAUCAGUGGAAUGGUAUCAAAUACAUCAAACACAUGGUUUACAUGUAUUUGAUGCCAUUCUAUUUGCCCUGUUCCAGCCAUUAUUACAAGCCGUCCUCCUCUCAGCAGCCUCCACUGAUGUAUAUAUUUUCCUUGUGGAUUUUCAGUACAUAUCAAUUACUAUUGACUGUACAUAUUUGAUUUACAACCAUUCUGUGCAGAGAUAGAUGUUUCAAUGUUUGAUUAAAUGAAGUUAACAGCA